UGUCAUUGGUUUUCCUUUGAUAUUGUUGAAAAAUGGCGAGUCGUGCUCAAAAUCGUCGUCCGACUCAAGAAGUCGAUAAUACUAUUUCAUAUGUUCAGUGUGAUGGGCUGGCGGCUAUGAAAAUGGUCAAGCAUUGCCAUGAAGAAUCUUCGGGCAACAUGGAAGUAGCUCAGGGUGCUUUGCUCGGAUUGGUUGUGGAUGAUCGGCUGGAGAUAACCAACUGCUUUCCAUUUCCAAAAUCGUCCGAUGAAACGAUAGACGAGGAAGAGUAUCAACUGAACAUGAUGCGUCGGUUACGUCUGGUCAAUGUGGACCAUUUUCACGUUGGAUGGUACCAGAGUGCGGAUGUGGGAAAUUUCCUCUCGCUGCCACUGUUGGAAUCGCAGUAUCAUUAUCAAACCAGUAUCGAAGAAUCGGUUGUGGUCAUCUAUGACACGCAAAAAUCCAAGCGCGGUUUUCUGACCCUGAAGGCGUACCGUUUGACUCCGCAAGCCAUUGCCAUGUAUAAGGAGGGAGAAUUUACCCCGGAAGCUCUGCGUAAUCUAAAGGUUGGCUACGAGAAUUUGUUUUUGGAAGUGCCAAUUGUUAUUAAAAAUUCGGCUUUGUGUAACAUCAUGAUGUCCGAAUUAGCUGAAAUGGUUCCGGAAGAGGAAGGAACCCAUUUCUUGGAUCUGGGAACCGCGUCUGUGCUGGAAAACCAUUUGCGCUGUUUAAUGGAUCGCGUCGACGAGUUGAACCAAGAGGCGAACAAGUUCAACAAGUAUCAACAGGCUGUUAUUAGACAGGAACAGGAUAAGCAUCGCAUGUUGGCGAAACAUGCUCAGGAGAACGCUGCACGUAUUGCGAAGGGUGAAGUAGCCGUUUCGGACGACGAGAUCAACAAAAUGUUCCGCCCGUUACCAGUGCCACCGAGAUUGAAUCCGAUGAUCGUAUCCGGUCAGAUAAAUACCUAUGCUCAGCAUAUUUCUCAGUUCUGUUCUCAAUCAUUGGCUAAACUAUACAUGACUCAAGCCUUGCAAGGAGCAAAAGACAACAAGCAGUAAGAUUUUUUUGAGGAAAGAAACUACAAACAGUGUUAAGCAUCAAAGCGUGGCGUAUUCCAUUGAGAAGAACUGUUAACGAAAAGUAAAUAGUAUAAAAGGCUAAAUUCAAUAGCAACUGAAUAAAAAUCAUUCGAUUGGUACUCAAAAUCAUCUGAAGACUAUUUCCAAAAUAAACGCUAAAUACAAACUGCAA